AUGGCGACGGAGACAAGCUGGCCCGCCGCCAAGGUCCGGCAGACCUUUCUCGACUUCUUCGAGAAGAGGGGCCACACCGUUGUCUCCUCCGGCUCUGUCGUCCCUCACAAUGACCCCACCUUGCUCUUCACCAACGCCGGCAUGAACCAAUUUAAGCCCAUCUUUCUCGGUACCGUGGGCAAGACAGAUCCCAUGGCCAAGUUGAAGCGAGCUGUCGAUACCCAGAAAGUCAUCCGCGCCGGCGGCAAGCACAACGAUCUCGACGAUGUCGGCAAGGACUCUUACCACCACACCUUCUUCGAAAUGCUCGGCAACUGGUCCUUUGGCGACUAUUUCAAGACGGAGGCCUGCGAGAUGGCCUGGGAGCUCCUCACCAAGGUCUACGGAAUCGACCCCGAGCGCCUCUACGUCACAUACUUCGAGGGUAGCGCCGAGCUCGGCCUUGAGCCCGACCUGGAGGCUAAGGAGCUUUGGCACACCAUUGGCGUCCCCUACGAUCGUAUAUUGCCCGGCGACAUGAAGGAUAACUUCUGGGAGAUGGGCGACCAGGGCCCCUGCGGACCCUGCUCCGAGAUCCACUACGACAAGGUCGGCGGGCGCAACGCCGCUAGCCUCGUCAACAUGGACGACCCUAUGGUUGUGGAGAUUUGGAACCUCGUCUUCAUGCAGUAUGACCGACAAAAGGAUAGAAGCCUCAAGUCGCUUCCUGCGAAACACAUUGACACUGGUUUGGGCUACGAGCGCCUCGUUUCCGCCCUCCAAAAUACCAUUUCCAACUACGCCACAGACUGCUUCACCCCCCUCUUCAAGCAGAUUGAGACAGUCACCGGAGUCCGUCCCUAUACCGACAAGUACGGCAAGGACGACACUGAUGGUAUUGAUACCGCCUACCGUGUCAUAGCUGAUCACAUCCGCACACUUUCCUUCGCCAUCACUGACGGUGCGGUGCCCAACUCUGACGGCCGUGGCUACGUCGUCCGCCGAGUCUUGCGUCGCGGUGUACGAUAUGCCCGCAAGUACCUUAACGCCGAGAUUGGCUCCUUCUUCUCCAAGAUUCUCCCCGCUCUCGUUGAGCAGGUUGGUCCUCAGUUCCCUGACCUGGUAAAGAAGCAGGAAGAUAUCAUGGAGAUCCUUAACGAAGAGGAGGAGGCCUUUUCUCGUACCCUCGACCGUGGUGAAGCCCAGUUCGAAAAGUAUGCUGCUAAGGCCGCCAAGGACAACGUCAAGAAGCUUGAUGGCGAUGUUGUCUGGCGCCUCUACGAUACCUUUGGUUUCCCCGUUGAUCUGACCAAGCUCAUGGCCGAGGAGCGCGGCCUCAAUAUUGAUGAGGCUGAGGUGGAUGUUGCCAAGGAAAAGGCUCGUGAGGCUUCCAAGGCUGUCAAGGACGCUGCCGCUACUUUUGCCAAGCUCAAUGUUCACCAGAUUGCCGAGCUUGAGCAGGAGCACAAGCUGCCCCGCACCGACGACGAGGGUAAGUUUGUCAAGGGGGACAGCAAGGGCAAGAUUCAGAUCAUUUUUGACGGCCAGACUUUUCACAAGUCUACCAAGGAUCUCCCUCCCAAGACUGCUGUUGGAUUAUUGCUCGACAAGACCAACUUUUACGCCGAGUCUGGUGGUCAGAUUGCCGACACUGGCCGCAUUGUCAUUGACGACGUCGCCGAGUUCAAGGUUAUGGACGUUCAGAACUUUGGUGGCUACGUCCUGCACAGCGGCUACGUUGAGUACGGUGCCCUUUCCUCUGGGGAUGAGGUCAUCUGCGAGUACGACGAGCUACGACGUUCUCCCAUCCGAAACAACCACUCUGGUACUCACAUCCUGAACCACGCCUUGAGAGAGGUUCUAGGUGACGACAUUAACCAGAAGGGCUCACUUGUCGACGAUGAGAAGCUCCGCUUCGAUUUCUCACACAAGGCUCAGGUCAAGAUUGAAGAGCUGAAUAAGAUUGAGGAUCUGUCAAACGCCUAUAUCCGCCAAAACUCUAAAGUCUACGCCAAGGAUGUCGAUCUGGACCUCGCUCGCGAGAUCGAGGGUGUUCGCGCUGUUUUCGGCGAGACAUACCCUAACCCUGUACGCGUUGUUUCUAUUGGCAUGGAUAUUGACACUAUGCUUGCCGAUCCUAAGAAGGCAGACUGGCGCAAGUACAGCGUCGAGUUCUGCGGUGGCACUCACGUUGAGCAGACUGGCCUCCUUAAGGAUCUGCUGAUUGUCGAAGAGAGCGGUAUCGCCAAGGGCAUCCGUCGUAUCAUUGCCUACACCGGCGAGGCUGCCCACAGAAUUCAGCGCGAGGCUGCCGAGUUCUCCAAGACUCUAGAUGCCCUUGAUGCUCUUCCUUUUAGCCCUGAGAAGGAGGCUCAAGUCAAGACCGUCUCGCAGGAGCUGAGCAAGCUUGUCAUCUCCACUUUGACUAAGGAGGAGUUCAACCAGCGCUUCACCAGGAUUAGCACGUCGGUCGUCAACGAGCAGAAGAAGAAGCAAAAGGCCGAGUCAAAGACUGCCCUCGAUACCGUCACCAAGUACUUUGAGGACAACAAGGAGGCCAAGUGGUUCGUCGGCCGUCUGCCCAUUGGCGCCAACGCCAAGGCUCUGGGAGAUGUUGUCAAGCACUUCCAGAGCAAGGACAAGGAGAAGACUGUCUACCUCUUUGGUGGUAGCCAGGAAGCUGGCGGCGUUGUUCACAGCGUGUACAUUGGCCAGCACCUCGUUUCGCAGGGCGUUACCGCCGAGCAGUGGGCUGCCAGUGUGUCGGAAGUCAUCGGAGGACGUUCCGGCGGCAAGGAGCCGACCCGCGCGGGCCAGGGCACCAAGCCCGAGAGCAUCGACGAGGGUGUCGAGCAGGCUACCAAGUGGCUGAACGAGAAGCUGAAGCGGUAG